AUGCCUCAACUCUCUCCCAGACCUCAAGUGGAACCUCCCCAACAGUUGGAGACCCAGGCAGAGAUAUUCAACAGGCAGGACAGGGAAGGAGUGGCAGAGAGCAGUAGUGCAGGGAGGAAAAGAUCUGUGAUGAGUGAGAAGGCAAAGGCAGAAAAAAGGGAGAAGGAGAGAAUUAGAAAGGCAAAGCAAAGAGCUAGGAAGAGGGAGAUGAGAGCUAAGCAAGUAAAGGAAGAGGUUGGCUCUAGCAACACUGGCAAGGGCAAGGGAAAAGGCAAGGAAGCAGAAGAGAUGUCUGAAAAGAGGAUUACUUUCAAGAGGUGUAGAAAUGUCAUUGCAAGAGAUCCAACUGGUUCAGUAGCUCAUCAUACUAAAAUCAAAUGA